CGCCCGUUGUUUGUAUUUACUUUUGAGUUCUCGGGCAAGUUUCCCUGUGAAAUUAGAAGUACAGUAAUACUUCUUAUUAAGUUAUUAUCAACAAGAAAACGGAAAGAGCAGACCGGGUUAUUAUGGAUCAGAUUUCAAAUACAAUCAUUGAUACGGGAGACAACCUUGGUAAAAGUGUUCUUUUCAGAGACAUCAUGCAUCAGAAUUCAGAUACCAUGGAUACGGGAGACAACUCCGUUAAAAGUGUUUUUUUCAGAGACAUCAUGCAUCAGAAUUCAGAUACCAUGGAUACGGGAGACAACUCUGGUAAAAAUGUUGUAUGUAGUAAUGGAUUGGAUCAAACUGGAAUCUUACAGGCACAGAAUAGUCAUGAUUGUACAAAUAGUAUUGCGAAGCCAAUUCAAUGUGAUGAAUGUGGUAAAGGGUUUUGGAGCCCGUAUAACCUACAGGUACACUUGAGAAAUCAUACUGAAGAUAAACCUUACAAAUGUAAUGAAUGUGGUAAAGGGUUCGGCAGAGUUUAUGAUUUACAGAGACAUAUGCGUAUUCAUACUGGCGAUAAACCUUACACAUGUGGUAUAUGUGGUAAAGGAUUUCGCGAACAUUCUUAUUUAAAGGAACAUAUGGGAUCACAUUCUAGCGACAAAUUUUAUCAAUGUGGUUUGUGUGGUAAAAGUUUUGGCGAUCAUUACAGGUUAAAAAGACACAAUAAAACUCACAAUGUGGUCACACAAUUUAAAUGUGAUGUAUGUGGCGCGGGUUUUAGGAAGCAGAAAAAGUUACAAGUACACAUGGGCACACACACUAGUAAAUGUUUCAGUCAGCGCGAUGACUUAAUAACACAACUGGGAAUACAUCCUGGAGACAUGCCUUAUAAAUGUGGUAUGUGUGGUGAAGGUUUCAGUGGAAUUCAAAAUUUACAAAUACACAUGACAGUACACACUGAAGGUGAACUACACACGUGUGAUGUGUGUGGUAAAGGGUUUAAUGAGAUCCGGAACUUUGAGAAACACAUGAGAAUACAUACGGGUAAUAAACGUCAUGAAUGUCAUUUGUGUGAUUUAUGUGGAAAGACGUUUGGUAGAACGUAUCGCUUAAAGAGACACAUGAACACACAUACCGGUUAUAAACCCCACACAUGUAAAAUAUGUAGUAAAACGUUUACGCAGAUAAAAAGCUUGCAAAACCACAUGACCGUACAUACUGGAGAAAAACCCCAUGUAUGUGAUGUGUGCGGUAAAGAAUUUAGUCGGUAUGGUUCGUUAUCGAGGCACACAAAAACACAUACUGGCGAUAAACCCUAUAAAUGUGAUGUAUGUGGACAAAAGUUUUCUCAGAAAAGUAACUUACAGAGUCAUCUCAAGGUGCACUCUGGUGAUACACCGUCUAAGUCGUGACGUAUAUGGACAAGAGUUAACUCAGAACAAUAACUUACAGAGUCAUCUCAAGGUGCACUCUGGUGAUACACCGUCUAAGUCGUGACGUAUAUGGACAAGAGUUAACUCAGAACAAUAACUUACAGAGUCAUCUCAAGGUGCACUCUGGUGAUACACCGUCUAAGUUGUGACGUAUAUGGACAUGUGUUAACUCAGAACAAUAACUUACAGAGUCAUCUCAAGGUGCACUCUGGUGAUACACCGUCUAAGUUUUGACGUAUAUGGACAAGAGUUUACUCAGAACAAUAACUUACAAAGACAUCUCAAGGUGCACUCUGGUGAUACACCGUCUAAGUUGUGACGUAUAUGGACAUGUGUUAACUCAGAACAAUAACUUACAGAGUCAUCUCAAGGUGCACUCUGGUGAUACACCGUCUAAGUCGUGACGUAUAUGGACAAGAGUUAACUCAGAACAAUAACUUACAGAGUCAUCUCAAGGUGCACUCUGGUGAUACACCGUCUAAGUUGUGACGUAUAUGGACAAGAGUUUACUCAGAGCAAUAACUUAGAGAGUCAUCUCAAGGUGCACUCUGGUGAUACACCGUCUCAGUUGUGACGUAUAUGGACAAGAGUUUACUCAGAACAAUAACUUACACAGUCAUCCAAAGGUGCACUCUUGUGAUAUACCGUCUAAGUAUAAUAUAUACAAAGUAUGAAGCAUCCAGUCUUUUUUAUGGGUCACUAUCCCUAUGUCGAGUUGUCUGCCACACAAGUCGCAGACUCGACCAAAAACCAUUACCCCCUUUUUUGAAAGCGAAAUACAUGGUCGUUCUUUAAAUACUUCUUUUUUAAUUCAACAAUACAGUGAAACCUGACUAACCCGAAUCCUGCAUAAACCGAAAUUCUUUAUAAAUCAAACAAGUUCAUAAGCACCGUCAUGUCAAAUUGUAUGCGCUGUGAACCUGAUAAAACCGAACAUCGGCCAAAAUCGAACUAAACCUUUAGUCCAGUAGAGGUUUGGUUUAAACAGGUUUCACUGUAUAUUAAAAUGAUGUCGUUUUAAAUACCGUAUGUUGUUCAGAUUUAAUUGUAGUAUCAUGUAUAUAUAUGAUUCUGCCCGCUGGGGGCCUAAUUUGACUAUUGGAAAAUAAAGUAUCUAAUCUUAUCUAUACAUACAUGACAUAGACCGGCAUGAUUAAAUAUAGAUUUUGAACGUGCUUAAACAAUCGACAAUCCUCGGGUGAAUCCGCUACUAUCCUUAAAAUACGGAAUCAGCCGAGUUGUGACGAAUGCGUGACGUAAACUAACUUUGAAAAUGACUGUACCAAGUCAGGAAUAUGACAGUUGUUGUCCAUUCGUUUGAUGUGUUUUAUCCUUUGGUUUUGCCAUUUGAUUAGGGACUUUCCGUUUUGAAUUUUACUCGGAGUUCAGUUUUUUUUUUUUUUUUUUAAUUUUGGACAUAAAUUAUUGACUUAUCCAAGAGAUACUAGUUCGCAAGAUUUCAUGUGACCUUUACCAGACUUGAGUUCUGACUUCAAAUUCGACAAAUCAAAUGUAUUUUGGGUAAUGAUUCCAAAAGCGUACACCAAAACAUUGUGAUUGGUUUAAACGUGAUUAACAAUAGAAUUUCAACCAAUGACGUAAUGUUAAUUUCAUUUUACAAUG